CCUUCUUCUCUAGCAAGAAAAUUAUCUUUGGCGCUUUUUUUUUUUUUCAUUUCCAUUUCUGUUCCUCUCUAGCAUUUUAGAAAUAAAAGAAAAAAAUCAAUAAAAAAUAAAACCUCUUCUUCCUCAUUUGUCUGUAUUGAUCAGAGUUCUUUAAUUUCUCAACCACUCGCAAAUCUAAAAGAAAAAUUUAAAAAAAAAAAAAGAGUUCUAUUUUGGUCCUAACUUCGAAGAGGUUUUAAUUUGUAAGCCAAAAGACUCCUUAUUUUGGUAGAAUUCUUUUGUUGAUUGCGUGGGAGUGAAAUUCGAAUAUGGUUUCCGAUGGAAAUAUAAGAUCAUAAAUUGGACUUUGAUUAUCGCUCAAUCCAGGUUUUUCUUGCUUCACCUUAUUCUUUUUAAAAUAUUUCUUUUUUUUUUUUUUACUUCUUUUGAUUCGUCGCAAACCUUAGUUUUUGGUUAGGCUAGUUUUGAGGGAUUUAAAGAAAAAGAAAAAAAAAAGAAUUUGAGAUUAGGAAAUUUUAUAUUGAUUUUAUUUUCCCGGGUGUAUACAGAAGUCAGUUACGCCGCCGUUUUUGUUUUCCCUUUUUUGGGAUUUUUAGUUUGAUGUUUUGGUAUUUUAAUGCAAGAAACACUCUGUGAAAUUUUUGAUGCCUUGUUUUAGUAUGCCAUCCAAAAUCGAGGGUUUUUCUUGUUAGAUUAGAUCCUCUGCUAAAUUACCCCCUUUUUUUAUGUUUUAAUUUUGAUUUUCCAUUUUUUUAUAAAAAAAAAAAAGAGAGAGAAGACAAGUGAGGAGGAAAUUUUUUGGGUUUGCAUUUUAAGAAAGGUCGUUAGGGUUUUUGGUUAGAAUUACCGUAGAUAUUGAGGAAAGAAAGAUUUGGGAGUUGGUUGUUUGUAGAACAAUGGCGUUGAAUUUUUCCCAUCGGCCUAUCUUUCCUGCUAAUAUGACUGAAGACAAUCUGGUUUCUCCUAUGAGAAUCGCCAAUGGGUACCUUGUUGAAGGUAUCCCAGAGAGGAAUGGAGAUGGGUGUUCAAAAUCUUGGUUUUCGAAUCUUGAGCUGGAAGGUUGCUUUGAUUAUGGAAGAGACAAGAGUGGUGACCGAGGUGGUUCUCAGGAGUCUUCUUCUGAUGAUAUUGUUGAUCUUUUGCCGUCUGAUCCCUUUGGAAUGGAUAUAACCACUACUUUCACUGCAAUUUCUGGUUGGCUUGAGGAUUUGGAAAUUGAUUAUGGCCGCUGUGUGAGAGAUGAGGUGGGGACUGGUGAUGGGAGUUAUCAGUUGUUUGCCGGAUUGAACUUUAUUUGGAACAACGCCAUGUGGUUCCAAACCUUCCCUGGAAGCAUGGGAUUUGAAUGUAAGGGCAGUAUGUCUGGUGGUUUUGGCGGUUUUUCUCAUGCUAAGGAAGGAGGAGAUGUCUCUGGUUGUGCUGGCCAUGGUUCCCCGUGUAAUGUAGAGGAUGUUUUGUCUUUUGGGGAUGAAGAUAUGGUUUCGGUUGAUCAGGAAAAUGAAGAAUUCCAGGACUGUGAGGUUCGUGCUGAGGGACAUGAAGGAGCUCCUCACGAAGCUCUUAUUUUGGCGCUUGGCUAUUUGGGUGUGCGGGAUCUUUUUGUUAUUGAGAAUGUUUGCACAUCUCUGCGAUCUGUAGUUCAGAAUGAUCCUCUUUUAUGGAGGGAUAUUCACAUAAAUCCGCCACUGAAUGAGAAGAUUACGGAUGAUGUUCUUUUACAAAUAACUGGUAGAGGCCAAGGUAGCUUGCAAUGCUUGAGCCUGGUUGAUUGCCAAAGGAUUACUGAUGAAGGUCUUAAGCGCGUAGUUGAAAAUAAUCCAAAGCUAAUCAAGCUGAGUGUGCCUGGAUGCACAAAACUAAGUAUUGAGGGUAUUUUGAAAUGCCUAAGGGCUUUGAAAUUUAUGGGCUCACAAGGAGUGAAGCAGUUGAGGAUUGGCAGUCUCUAUGGUGUGACACAAGUGCAUCUUGAAGAGCUGAAAUUCUUGUUGGGUGUGGAUGACCAAAUUCAGCAGCUCGUGCACAAGCCUCACUUUUAUAGCAGAAGAAAUGUAUAUCUCCCUUGUGAAGAUGGUCGUGCUAUUGAUAUUGAAAUGUGCCCAAGAUGUGAAAACAUGAGGCUUGUUUAUGAUUGUCCUGCAGAGGGUUGUCAGCGGGAAGGGCAUGCUGCUCAGUCAUGCAGGGCGUGCAUUAUUUGCGUAUCACGGUGUGCUCAAUGUGGUAGGUGCUUAAAUGACAGUGAGUAUGAGGAGAACUUUUGUUUGGAGUUACUUUGUUCAGAUUGUUCAAAGCCACAACUUCCGAAGUGCGGGGUGAGUCAGAAUGGAAUGAUUGGCAUGUCCAGUUCGUUCACUCUUCAACAAACUAGCAAUGUUCAUCUCCAUGGCUAGACUGAAAUAUUUCACAUUUUUAUGGUUUUGAAAUGCGGUUAACAUGGUGAGUUCCUGAUAAUUCAAGGCAGCCAGAAAGCAAAUAUAAAGAAUAUGAUCUCUCUCCAUCUUUCUUGUUGCCUUUUUAAUCUGCUAAAAAUUUUAGUCUCUUACUGGACUUAGCUUGAAUAGCCUUGGGGUGCUCUGAGCUAAAAGGUCAGGAAACUGCACUUUUGCAUGGCUUGUCCAAGAAAAACAAUCUCGCUUUGGUGGUUUCUGUUGGUUCACAGUUUUGGGUUUGCUUAUGGAUGGUCAAAUGCCUAAGUCAAGAAUGAAGGUGGAAAGUUCGACACAGUAAGGAAGCACUUUUAAGUAUAUUAACUUAUGUGGUCGAUAGUGGACUUAACCAUUCUGCUCAGGGCUGGGAAAUCGUAGCAGCUGAAUGCAAUAUCCGCUCUCUUGAUCGUGACUUGUUGACUUAAUAAUCACAAUUUAUUUUUAAUGUUUCAUGUGAUGAGCUAUUGAAUGAUACAAUGGUACUUGUUUACAGAGAACUUGCUGUCAUUAAACUUGUUGGGUUGUAUCUGUUAUCACUUAGUAUGCUGCCUUAAAUCGAAGACAUGACCAUGAUUGUUGUCUA